GUGCGGUAUUCAUGUCUCACCUUCAAAGUACGUGUUAAAAAUACAAGAUUUGUACUAUUUAAAAAAAACUCCAAAGCGCGCACUGUGGGCGGUGCGUGGGAAGAAAACUGCUUGCCAGACUCGAAAAACACGCCCCUGCCUCUGUAUGUUUUCCGAUGACGCGUCAAACGUCGUUGCCGCACAUCUAAAAGCAAGUCGGAAAAAAAUCCGGCGGCCAAAAAUGUCAAAGUAGAGAACCUUUUUUUUGCAUUGAUUUAAGAUUUUUUGGGUUGUUUGUUUUUGUCAUCCAAACCGAGAGGAUUAUGACCAUUAAAGUGGAUUUUGAGGAGUGUCUGAAAGACUCUCUGCGCUUCAGAGCUGAAAUCGAGGCCGUCCAAGUCGACGUGGGAGAACUUGAGACUCGAUUAGAUAAGCUGGUGAAACAAUGCCAGGCCAUGCUGGAGGCCGGCCGGGUGUACUACCAGACCAGCAAGAGCUUCGUAAGCGGUCUCCAGAGUCUGGGACAGCACUGCUCCUGGGACACUGUGAUGGAGGAGUGUCUUCAGAAGUUUUCCGAAAAACUGUCCCUCAUUUUGGACGCGCAAGGGGAGGUGAUUGAGCUCACGCAGAAGUCAGUCAAAACCAAGCUCCAAACGUUUGUGAAAGAAGAUGUUCGGCGUUUUAAGGAUGCACGCAAGGAGUUCGAACGCAGCAGCGAAUCCCUGGAUGGGGCGCUGGCGAAGAAUGCUCAGGCGCCUCGGGGAAAACCACACGAAGUGGAGGAGGCCAACGGAGCGCUGCUCAACGCCCGACGGACUUUCAGGUCCAGCGCUUUGGAUUACGUCUUGGAGAUUAACAUCAUCGAGGCAAAGAAGAAGACUGAACUCUUGACGGCUAUGUUGUCGCUGAUGGACGCUCAGGCCCAGUUGUUCCAGAACGGCCACCGGUCCUUAUCAGAAACGGACCGGUACCGGCAAAAACUAAACGAAGAGCACACACAGUUUGUCCUGAACUCUGCGCGGGAAAAACGGGACAUGGAGCAAAGACACGCUGCCAUUAAGAAAAAGGACAUAUCCUACGACGACUCGAUGAUGGACUUUAAUCCAGAUGCAACGGACGGGGUCGCCAUGGAAGGUUACCUCUACAAAAGGGCAAGCAAUGCCUUCAAAACCUGGAGCAGACGCUGGUUCUCUAUUCAGAAAAAUCAGCUGGUGUAUCAGAAAAAAUUCAAGGAGCAGCCCACGGUGGUGGUGGAGGACUUGCGUCUGUGCACGGUCAAACCAAACAAUGAGAACGAGAGGCGCUUCUGUUUCGAAGUGGUCUCCCCAUCCAAAAGUUGUCUGUUACAGGCCGACUCCGAGAGGCAGCAGCACGCGUGGAUCGGCGCCGUGCAGAACAGCAUCGCCUCGGCGUUCCAGGAGCGCCGGGAUGACCAACACAGUCCGCGGCAGCGAUCAGACUCCUUGUCGAAGGGCGACCCCAUCGCCGGUCGGCAGAGCGAAGGUUUGGAGGCCCUGGAAGAGGUUCGGGCCAUUGCCGGGAACGGGGAGUGCUGCGACUGCGGGAUGCCGGGUCCUGACUGGGCCUCUAUCAACCUCGGCAUCACGUUGUGCAUUGUGUGCUCGGGAAUCCACAGGAGCCUGGGCGUCCACUUCUCCAAAGUACGUUCGCUCACUCUGGACUCCUGGGAGCCAGAACUUAUUAAGUUGAUGUGCGAAUUAGGAAACGGCGUCAUCAACGGCAUCUACGAGGCUCGCAUUGACGAGAUCACCUUGAAGAAGCCCCUCCCCUCCAGCCCGAGAGGUGACAAGGAGGUGUGGAUUCGCUCCAAAUACGUGGAGAAGAAGUUCAUCCAAAAGCUUCCGGAGACGGCACGGAACCCUGCGCAAAGGCGUACCGGCACCCAGAGGAACAGGGCGGCUACUCAGGACCGCACCGCGCAGAGGCCACCGCUUAAACCGAAACCGAGCCGAACCACUCUGCCCCGAACUGCGACCGGCCUCAGUGAGGUCCAAAAGAACAACGCGUGCUCCCCUAAUGAUGUGAACGACGAGGAGGAGGAUCUAAGCGGGCUUCACCCCGGCGCGCUGCUGUACCGCUCGGCAGGUCUGCAGAACUUCCCGGUCAUGGCCGACGCGUUGGCCCACGGCGCUGACGUCAACUGGGUCAACACAACCGACGAAGCCCGUACGCCGCUGAUCCGGGCCGUCUCGGUGAAUGCCCUGGCGGCGUGCGAAUUCCUGCUGCAGAACGGCGCCGACGUCAACCAGGCGGACAGGAACGGGAGAAGGCCGCUUCAUCACGCCACUAUACUGGGUCACACAGGGUUGGUGUGUCUCUUCCUGAAACGAGGCGCGGACUACAACGCCAGGGACAAAAACCAGAAAGAUCCGAUAACCAUCGCCGUGGACAACGCCAACGCCGACAUCGUCACUUUACUGCGAAUCGCCAAGAUGAACAGGGAGAUGCAGGAGAUGGACGGAUCCCUGGGAAAAUCAGGUCUCUCCAAGGGGCAGUCAGCCGGGACGGGAAGUGGGCAGGGCCAAUCCAGGAAGAGCCUUCAGGCUUUAAAGAACCAAAUAAGCGGCUGGGCUUUGGGAGGACAAAACGAUUAGCGGAACGGCAGUGAAAAUCCAGUUCUUCAUUCAUUAGAAAUGAAAACUGGGCGUGGCCGCCGAACAAAGACUUCCAAAAGUCAAAACACUGUGAAAAUUGAGUGGGCGUUACAAUGCUGAAUUCCUGUAGACGUGCUUUGUGUUUUUUGUUUGUCACGCUCGCUUCUUGUACUUUUGUCUUGUCGGAUUCACAGCUUAUGUGCCAUUGACGACGAUAGACGUUGGUCUAUUUCUAAUGACAUUUACUUCAUGACAUUGACGGUUAUGUGUGUCGAUUCUAUUGAUGCCAAUGUAGUUGGAUUCCAUUGACGCAUAUGUAAGUCGAUGCCAUUGACGUCCAAAUUUCCCAUUCCCUUCCAAUGGAAUUUACAUUGCAUUGAUGCCAUUGACGGCCAUGUAUUUUGAUUUAUAUCGAUGCCAAUGUACUUUGAUUCCAUUUACGGGCAUGGACGUCCAAAUUUUCCAUCCCUUUGCAAUGGCAAAAAAUGCAAUGUCCCCAAAUCAACAGGAAAUGACCUGAUAUCAAUAGAACAUGUCCCCCGAAUAUCCCCCAAUGACUUGAUAUGACCAGGACAUGUUCCCCCAAAGUCCCCAAAUGACCUGAUAUGACCAGGACAUGUCCCCCAAAUGACCUGAUAUGACCAGGACAUGUCCCCCAAAAGUCCCCAGAUGAACUGAUUUGACCAGGACAUGCCCCCAAAUGACUUUAUAUGACAAGGACAUGUCCCCCAAAUGUCCCAAAUGACUUGAUAUGACCAGGACAUGUGCCCCUAAAUGUACCCAAAUGAACUGAUAUGACCAGGACAUGUGCCCCAAAUGACCUGAUAUGACCAGGACAUCUCCCCCAAAAGUCCCCAAAUGACCAGGACAUGUCCCCCAAAUGUCCCAAAUGACUUGAUAUGACCAGGGCAUGUCCCCAAAUGACUUUAUAAGACCAGGACAUGUCCCCCAAAAGUCCCCAAAUGACCUGAUAUGACCAGGACAUGUCCCCCAAAUGACCUGAUAUGACCAGGACAUGUCCCCCAAAAGUCCCCAAAUGACCUGAUAUGAUCAGGACAUGUCCCCCAAAUGACCUGAUAUGACCAGGACAUGUCCCCCAAAAGUCCCCAAAUGACCUGAUAUGAUCAGGACAUGUCCCCCAAAUCAACAGGAAGUGACCUGAUAUCAAUAGGACAUGUCCCCUGAACGCCCCCAAAUGACCAGAUAUGACCAGGACAUGUCCCCAAAAAGUCCCAAAAUGACCUGAUAUGACCAGGACAUGACCCCUAAAGUCCCCAAAUGACCUGAUAUGACCAGGACAUGUCCCCCAAAUGUCCCCAAAUCAACAGGUAGUGACCUGAUAUGACCAGGACAUGUCCCCAAAUCAAGAGAAAGUGACCUGAUUUAACCCAGACAUGUCCCCAAAAAGUCCCAAAAUGACCUGAUAUGACCAGGACAUGACCCCUAAAGUCCCCAAAUGACCUGAUAUGACCAGGACAUGUCCCCCAAAUGUCCCCAAAUCAACAGGUAGUGACCUGAUAUGACCAGAACAUGUCCCAAAAUCAAGAGGAAGUGACCUGAUAAAACUAGGGCAUGUCCCCAAAUCAACAGGAAGUGACCUGAUAUGACCAGGACAUGUCCCCAAAUCAAGAGAAAGUGACCUGAUUUGACCCAGACAUGUCCCCGAAAUGUCCCCCAAUCAACAGGAAGUGUCCUGAUAUGACCAAGAAAUGUCCACGACAUGUCCCCAAAUCAAGAGGACGUGACCUGUAUCACCCCACAGCAAAGCCCCAUAGUAAUUUAUACAGAAUUGCAGUUUCUAGUUUCAAAAUGUGUGUCUUGGUGUAGUUUUUGUUGACGAAAACUACUAAUUUCACAUAGUUUUAGUCGAUGUUUACUCAGUAUUUUUUGCCUGUAAAAUUCGAAAGUUUCACUACAAAAAUAAAUUUUAAAAAAUUCGAAUGAAUAACAGACUUGCGCAUAUUGUAGCUAACAUAUGUAUGUAACAUAUUGUAGAGUUUAAGAUAAUGCUAGACAAUAGCCUAAUGCUAAUGCGAAUGCCAUGCUAACACUAUGAUUUACCAAACACUUCCAUGCUAUGCUAUGAUGCAGGCUAACUAUCAUACAUUGUGAACAUGUGACAGAAACUAUGGCGCAUUUUCUCGUCACACAAAAACUGGCAUUCGUGUUGUUAUGUUUUAGUCUCCCAAGACACAGUUUUAGCUCAUUAUCAUCUUCGUGAUGGAAAAAAUGUCAUCGUUGACGAAAACAACACUGGAAACAAGCCACACAAUUGGACAACUAGUCUCGUCAAUGGCACUGAAAGAGAAACCUAGGAAAAACUGACGCUGCUGCCAAGUUUGACUUUGUUUUUGUGUGUCUUUGCACUCCUGAGACAAGAUGCCGGUCUCAGCAGCUAGUGCAGUCUAUGUCGUCAACCGCUAACUACCAGGUAACGUCCUGUUCUCGGCAACCUCGCGAAAAAAAUCGGGAGCUAUAAAGCAACACUUGGUAUCUUUUCAGUUUUGGUCGAUUUUAGCAACACUAGUGGAUGAAAACGGUAGUAUUUUGCUUUAAGACUGCGUUUCCCAUGAGGACUAGCGCAUACCCGCACAGUGUUGUAAAAUCAUCAGCCAUCUCCCCAAUGCCUUUGCCUCACAUUCAGCCCCAUAUCAUCAAGAAAUGAGGGAAUUUGAAUGUUUUCUUCAGGUGUUUUUGACACCUUGUCAAAAGUCAAGAAUCUGCAUUGGACGAGGUGAUGAUGCUGGAACUUUUGUUUGGUGCCGUUCCAGUGAGAUUUACAAAAACGACUGAUGAUGAUUUUGUUGCUGGGCCAUCUUUGCAAAAUUAGCGCGAAAGCGUUAGCAUCGACUUCCGUCUUUAAAAUGAAUGGGGAAAGCGGGAAGUGACGUUAUGCCGUAAAGCAGCUAGCACAUUUGUAGUUUUUUGUUUAGCAGGGUUCCUGCCAACCUCUUCAAAGUGAGCGAUACAGGUGUCAAAUAUUUUAUAAAGGUUGAAAAGUUACCUCGUGUUGCUUUAUAAGAUUAAAUUUUCUUUCUUUGCAUUCAGAUGGCUUGUGACGAAUGUCUGUAGACGCUUAUUUCUACUCCAAACAAAGCUUUUAAGGACAUUUUUUUAACUUCUUGGUGGCUUCGAGUUACAUGCUUGCAGCAAUUCUUGAUACGACAGCGCUCUCUGGUGGACUAACAAAUUAAUGCAGCUUUCUCAAGGUGUUCUCUUGAGGUUUUAACCAGUUUUCAGACUAGAAAUCGCAGCCCAAGCCAAGUAAUGAUUAAAAAGUGCGACUUAUAUUCUGAAAAUACUAUAUAUUGCUUUAAAAAAAUGAUUUUUUCUGUCUCCCAGGUGACGAAACAUACCAUCACAUCUUCAAGGACUUUUCACACAUGGCUUCCAACAACCCGGAGAAGCUCAAGCGUCGCAGUGCGGAUGGCAAAUCCUGAAAACAAGAAAAAACUGGUCAAUUGUACACAAAAUAAUUCAAGACAUUUUCUGAC